GUUUGCGUGCUGAAACACAGAAAGAAAACGAAAACUGCAAAGAUUCAAAAAGCUCUUAAUCAGAAGCAAACAAAAACCACCUCUGACAAUUGAUAAAGAAGAGAGAAAAAAAAAAAAAACUCCUAUCUUCGUUUUUUUGUGUUAGUCUUCACGAGAGUCACUUCUCAAUUCAUUCAUACUAUUUCCUUCUGAGAGCUAUGGUGUGAAAUGAUGGCAGCAGGAGAAGCAAGAGCAGUGUGGCAAAGAACAGUUAACCGUUACUUAGUCCAAGAAGACGCUAAAAGAGCUCCCAAGUUCACCUCUUCCCACUCUUCUUCUUCUUCAUCAUCAACUAAACAUGUUCAAGAAGAUUCUGUCUCUUCUCCUCCUGUUGUUCAUCCACAGAACCAAUCACCUUUCAUGCCUCUGAAUAUCCCUCAGCUGUUGGAUCAUCAUCCCCAUCACCUUCACGUGAAGACGCCAUUGGAAGCUGAGGUUAAUAUCUCUGAGAAGAAACCUGAGCUGGGAGCAAAGGAGACAAAGGAGAGUUAUGAUUCUUUUGGCAAAGAUGAAUCCUCUGAGAUACCUUUCGAUCCCACCUCUCCAUGGAAUCCUCUCUCAAGCGAGAAAGCUGGACCCUGGUGGAGAACUACAGAUAAAGAUGAGUUAGCUUCCUUGGUUGCACAAAGGUCUCUGGACUUUGUUGAGAAUUGCGACUUACCAACACCGCAGAAGAUGAAACGCUCUUCUUAUUAUGGUAGUAGUCCACACGAGCAAGGGCCGAGCAGCUGCAAGAACAGAAGAGAGGAGGCUUCCUCUGAGUGUGACUUGAGCAAGUCUGAGCUGCUAGAAGCGCUGAGGCGUUCUCAGACGAGAGCUAGGGAAGCUGAAAACAUGGCUAAAGAAGCGUGCGCGGAGAAAGAGGACUUGGUGAAGCUCUUGUUCAAGCAAGCGUCAGAGCUUUUCGGGUACAAGCAGUUGAUGCAACUGCUUCAGCUUGAAGCACUUUACCUCCAAAUCAAGAACAAGAAGAUUGACAACAGGAAGGAGCCACCAGUGGAUUCCAUCCCUUGGAGUAGCUCCAAAGGAAGAAAACAGGGGAGGAAGAGAAGAAACAAGAUGAGUAAACCGAAUGGUCUGUUUGGUUUAGCAUGGGGGAUGAGUCUAGUUGGUGCUGGUUUGCUUCUGGGAUGGACUGUUGGAUGGAUGCAGAUUCUAUCUUUCUAAGAAGAAGAAGAAGAGAAACCUACAAUUUUCAAUCUUUUUUUUUUCUUUCUGAGUGAGCAUCUUUGAUGAUCUUGAAAUGAGUUUUAAGAUUGCUUGGAAUGCUGCAGCUUUUGGACUUGGUAAAAAAUAAUAUAAAUGUAAAUUGUUGCAAGAAUUUUGUUAAUAUUGUAUGUUUCUAGUUUGAGAUUUUCGUUUAUAAAAAAAAAGUCAUAUGAAA